GGCAGCCUCUCGCUGGCUCGCAACUUUGGGGAGUUUCAAGCAGCCUUGGAGGCGGCGGCAGCAACCCCGGGCGCAGGAAACGUCUCCGCCGGCUCUGGUUGGCUCUCCUGGGCUCUCUUCAUGGCUGGGCUGAAGGUAAUGAGAGGCCCUGAGAUCCCAGAGGGACCAUAUGAGAAUUCUGGACAGUGCUGAAGACUCUUACUUCCUGCAGACACAAGAGGAGACAGGACCAGAGGGUACGCCACCAAGGAAGGCCACCCAGCUGUGUGUGUCAGACCCAUUGCUCAAGGGAGACAGGUUGAAAGAGGCAGUAGGGAAGACAGGACAGUAAAGAGAGGAAAAGGAACCAAGGAAAUGAGGACGAGGAUGACCCGGCAGAUCGGGCAGGGGGCCAGGAGGAACUCCCGAGUGCCUUCUCAUCUUAGCCUCGGUGACAGUGUGGCGUGCCCCCUGACCUCUCCUCCUUUCUCCUCUGGACUAAGCGAUGACAUGAAGGGACGUGGCAAUAAGGAAAUUAUCCUCGCCUGAACAUCCCGCCACGCACUAAGUACACAUGGACCACCUCUCCUGAGCAGGCAGAUUACCUACCUAUGCUUAAAGGCACACCGAAACACCCUCCUCUCUUGUCCUCAAAUAUCUCCCUGACAUGAACCAAGCUUUUGGAUUCAGACUGGCCUACAGAGGGUUCUGCUCUAAGGGAUGUCUCCUACAGAGACAGACUUUGGCAUCAGUGGUUUUAAAUCUUAGCUCCUUCCCAAUAACAUGGAGAUACUAGAAUUAUAAAUAGGAUAACAUUUGCAAAGCACCUGGCACCCAGUAGCUGUUCAGUAAACAUUAGCUUUGUUUUAUUCAGAAUCUUUCACUUGCAUCUUGUCAUUUGAUCUUCCCAGAACCCUGCUACACAAACAGCACAAAUAUUAUAACCGCCCCCACCCCCUUUUACAGAUGAUCAACCUGGUGUUCUGAAACCUGCUCAAUGAUAAUAAUCCAUGUCCAUGCUAUGUGUCAGGACAUUGUUCUCAACACUUUCUAUUUAAUCUUCACACCAAAUCUCUGAAGCAGGGGCUAAAAGUCCCAUUUUACAGAUGAGGAAGAUUAAGGCAGAGAAAGGUUAAAUAACUUGCCCAAGGACAAAGAGCUAACAGAUAGAAGAGUUGAGAUUCCAACCCAGAUAGUGUGGCUCCAAAAGCAAUGCUCCUCCCCAGUGUACUUAAGUGCCUCCAUUUCCUACAGGUUUUAAGUAGCGGAUUCGACUCAAAUCUGUGAGUCCAAGUCUAAGGUGCUUCACACUCAGAGAAGGAAAGUAUUGGGCUACAUAAAUACGACUGAAAGAGACAGCCCUGGGCUGUCAGAUCUUCCAACCUACAGGAGAGAAAUUAAUGGAAAGGGAUAAUGUCCUAUAUUCUAGGGGACUAGGUACAGAAUAUGACCAGAGUUCAGCCCACAUGGGGUGGCCUGGGAGCCCUGGAAACACUGGGGACAAGUUCUCUCUCCCCUUCACUUAGCACUUUGGAAACUCAGGUCUGUGUAGAAGAAACUUGUUCGCAAAGACCCUGAAGGUCCACCCCACCUGUUCAUUCUGUUUUCAUAGCACUUAGCACUCUCGACUGUAUUACAGUUAUCGGUGAAUAUAUCUGAUCUGUUCCUGAAGGGCAAGACCAGGUUUUACUCAUUUUUAUAUUUAUUCCCCACGUGGAGCAUUUAGUAGAUGUUUAUUAAGUGUGAAUAGAAUGAAUAAAUUAAUAUGAACAAGUGAACAUGCCUGAGCCUCAAAGAGAUUUGUAGUUUGCUUUAAUUAUGUUUCCUUUUGUUGUACCACAGUGAGCUAAAUCCUGUCUUUAAGCUUUUUAGCUGAUACCAAGAACAUUUGAAUGAAGAUUCAAAUAAGCCAAUAUUUUCAACUGUUCUCUUAGGGGAACACUUACAUUCUAUCCACUUUCAUGUUUUCAUUUGUGUACUUGUACCCAUUUAAAACCACAAAUAGUGUAUCUUUUAAAAACCAAAUGUGUAAUUUAACAAUAGCUAUCCACCACACCUAUUAAAGUGUUUACUAAUGCAUGAAAGCCUAAAUUAAUAUUUAUAUGCACAAGAGUUCAUGGAAAAGGAAUGAAACUCAAAGAGGCAGUUAGACUCAGGCUUAUAUACCAUUUUAACAAAGAACAAAAGGUAUGAGUUUCAAGGGACGAUAAAUUGUGGGGAAUUGACUAGGAUAAAUUAUGGGGAAAGGAUAUAUGGGGGAACGAAUGGAAAAUAAGGGCUAUUUUAGUCAGGUCUGUUUAUGCACACUCAUCUCGAUGGUGACAAUUCCCUGUCUUCUUCCUUGAUUCUUCUCUCCUUGGUGGGGGAAAGGGGCACCUUCCUCAAAGGGAAAUUUAUGCCCUCCUUUUAGGUACAUAAAGGGAGGGCAGACGGCUCGUCUUGCAUCUUUUGAUUCUUAGUGGCCUUCAGCUCAAAAUAUUUCUUAUGCCAAAGUAGCAUAUAUUUGGGGGUGGCAUAUUCCGAUCUCCUUCAAAUGGAAGACGACUAUUACUGAACACACAUGUGAAUUAUUUCCAAUUUUAUUUAUUUUUUUACAAGUCCUGUUGAUAAGAAACAGCUGCUUCCUUGUUCAAGAAAUCUUGUUUUUAUAAUGUUUUCAGACCUGGCAUAGGUACUCUUCCUUACGGUGCCUGUUGCAUUUCAUUAAAUCCUUUUCAAGUUAUUAAAACUGAUGUAAAACUAUAUAAAAUGUACUUAGAAAAAGAGGGUAAGGCCAAGUCAUCUAUAAUCUUACUGUCCUAUUCCAAGCUGGUUUUGCAUAUUUUCUUUCAAUGUUAUUUAUGCAUAUCUCUUUAACACAGUUUCAGUGAUGUGGGGCACACCUAUGGUAUGUAACUUCCUCGACUUAACGGGUGUAUCCCAUUCUCCACAUUCUUCCUUAAUGACAGUCCUCAUUAUUUAAUAGCUGAAGAGUUUGCCCAACCAUGCUGCACUUGUCAGACAUCUGGGCUACCUUCAGGCCGGUGUAGGGAGAGAGAUGCCCCGCGUGGCCUCAGGGAACCUGCGUUUCCAGGGUGUUCGGAGUCAAGUUUCAGGCAUCAGCUGCGGCCUGACCAACCAGGGCUUCUGGCUCCAGGCUCCCCUCUUCCCAGGCUGAAGGGAGUGGAGCCCUGCCCUGCAAGUGCCCCAGGCCAUAGCUCUGUCCCCGUCUCCCCACAGCCCUCCCCACACUGUGCCGGCCCGAGGUGGGUCCCUCGCGUCCGCCGUCUCCUUCUGUCCUAGCCUUCCGCAGACCCACCGAGUGAAAGGAAGGAGCUAGGCGGCGCGCGCCGGGCGUCAUGGUCCACCUGCUGACCGCCGAAGUGCAGCAGCUGCUCCACAACAAGUUCGUGGUCAUCCUGGGGGACUCGGUCCAGAGGGCUGUGUACAAGGACCUGGUGCUCCUGCUGCAGAAGGACUGCCUGCUCACUCACAACCAGCUCCGGGCCAAGGGGGAGGACAGCUUCGAACAGGACAAGCUGGUGCAUGGAGGCCGGAAGAGCCACGGGCACAACGGCACCAACUACCGCGAGGAGCGCGAGUUCUGCUCCGGCCACCACAAGGUGCGCUUCUACUUCCUGACGCGCGUCUACUCGGACUACCUCAAGGGCAUCUUGGAGAAGCUGCAGGCGGAGGAGCACGUCCCGGACUUGGUCAUCAUGAACUCCUGCCUCUGGGACAUCAGCAGGUAUGGGGAGGACUCCUGGCCGAGCUACCUGCGGAACCUGGAGAGCCUGUUUGGGCUCCUCCGCCAGGUGCUGCCCAAGUCGUGCCUCCUGGUGUGGAACACGGCCAUGCCCGUGGGCGACAACAUCACGGCGCCCGUCCUCCCGCCUGAACUCCAGGCCUCGGCCUCCUCCUUCAUGAAAAACAGAGUGAUGGAAGCCAACUUCUACAGCUCUGUGGAGGCUGAGAAGCACGGCUUUGAUGUGCUGGACUUGCAUUUCCACUUCCGUCGCCACGUGGACAGGCACCUGCAGGAGGACGGAGUGCACUGGAACGAGACCGCGCACCGGCAUCUCUCCCAGCUGCUGCUGGCCCACGUGGCUGACGCCUGGGGGGUAGAGCUCCCCAAGCGGCAGCUGGUGGGCCAGUUGAUCAGGGGUGGUCCAACCAGAGGAAGACCUCGCCAGAGAUUUGAGAGGCAGCCCCAGGCCAGCAGAGAUCAACUGGCCUUCCCUCCACCACCACCCUUGCCUCUGCCCAGGCGCCAACCCCUGCUUCCCAGGCCAUCUCCCCGCCCACCCCUGUUCCCACACUUGCCCCCACAACCUGGUCCCAAUCCCUUUCAUCAGCUGACGCCCCCAUUCCUGCCCUGUCCCCAAGAUGACUAUUCUCCUUCAGACCAUCCUUUCCAGUCAAAUCAAUUCUUAAACCAUUUCUAUUCAGGUGCUCCCCCAACUCCCCAGACAGAAUUUGCUUUCCAACCUGACUUUGUGUUGGACCCCCAGCCACCUAUGCUCCCCUUGCCAUCAACCUGUUACCAGCAGCGGCUCACUGUGGUUCACAGAGGUUUUCCCCGGUAUCGUCCCCCCAGCCCCUAUGUUCCCUGGAGAGGGCGGCCCAGACCUUCCAAGAGAAGGGCCCCAGUCUACCCAGAGCCAAGACCUCAAUAGACUGACCUGAGCCUUAUUCCUCCUCAUGCACACAGACUGGGCAGACCGUCUGACUCUCCCCAGACAGACUGACCUUGUAACUGAAGCCUUUGGUCCCUGCUUGGACUUCUUUUUGUUCAUUGCUGUUAUCAAUAAUAGCAGGGAAGUUCGAUCUGACCCAUUCUUGUUGGCUAUGGCCUCUACCUCUGCUGUCUGAGUGUGACCUCACAUCACUCCUGCCUCCCUACUCCCUGUUCUUUGUCUUUGUAAAUAUAAAAUUGGAAUAAAGAACUUGUUUCAUAAAA